AUGUAGAGAAACAUAAGUCUAAAUAAUUCUAAGCAAAUUGAAAUCAAGAAUAAAAGAGAUAUAAGGGUAUUGAAAUUAACAAUUAAUAUUAGUCUAAGAAAAAUGAUGCAAAUGACAUAUUCAAUAAGAGGAUCAUAUAAUUGUAUAAUCUGAAGGAAUUUAUAGGUUCUGUUGCUAAAAAUCAAAGUUUUUAAUAGUAAACACAGGAUCUAUAAAAUUAAAUAUAGCAAUUCAAUUAAUAAACGCAAUAUUAACCUUAAUUAUAAUAAGAAAUUAAUCUGUUAAUUUAAGGAAAUUUAGAUAUUUUAUAAUAAUAGUUUGAUACUAAAACUAAAGAUUUUGAUUAAUUGAAGGUAUUAUAGCAAAUGAUAGAAUGAUUUGGAGAGAUAUAAAAAUAGAAGUUAAUAAUUGAAAGAAUAUUGGGUUUUUGGAAAGGUAAACAUAAAAAGUUAGAGAAAUAUUCUAAACAUCUUUAUGAAAUAGAAAAAGACUGUAGAUUUAUAAAAAUAGAUUGGUAAUAACAAAUGAAGAAAAUAAGAGAUUGGAGUAUGAAAAAAGGAUUAUAUAAUUGAAAUUGUAAGCAUUUGUUAGAUUACUGAAAGAUUAAGAAUAAUUAGAAACAAAGAAAUAAAAUUAAGAAUCAAAAAUUUAUAAUAUUAAAUAAUAAUUGAAUGAGAAAAGAAGAAUUAUAUAAUAUUUAGAUUUAGAAUAAGAUUUUAUUAAUUUUAAGAAUUAGAUAUUAAACCUAAUGAUGAAAGAAAUUAGAAAUAGUAGAAUUGGAAAAUAAAAGUUUAGCUUAAGAAAGUAAUUUUUUUGGAAAUAAUGAAAGAUUGUAUUUGGAAAAUGAAUUAAAGAGAUUACAUGCAAUAGUAAUUUAAUUAUAAUAAGAAAAUAAUGAAUUGAAAAGUAGAAGAAAUUAAAUUAAUUAUAAUGAUAAAUAAAGAUAUAAAAUAUCAAAUAAUCAAAUGCUGUAAAUAAAGUUUGGAAUCAAUAAAGGAAAUAAUAUAAAUAAUAAAUAAACGAUAAAAUUUUAAGACAAUAAUAAUAAAUUUAGUAAUUGCAUUAACAAUUACAAUAAUUAAGAAAAUAAUAAAUUGAUCUUCGAGAUAAGGCAUUUGAAAAAGAAAACCUCAACUUAAAGGAAUGAUAAAAUAUUAAAGAAAAUUUAAAUAAAUUGA